AGUAUACUCACCACAUGCGCACCUCGCAGAUCACUCAUAAUUGCAUAAACCUUUUCUUCACACAAAGCAAACGAGCAUCGGCAUUGCAGGGCCAGGGCGUCAGCCUCAUCAUCAUAUAUUGCGGCGCCGGCGCGUCAUGUCGCAUCAUCUUCACCUGCGUGGCUCGGUUCCUCCGCUGUCCUUCCGCGGUGGACUGGACGCUCGCUUUUCGCCCGGUGUGCCCUGGCAUUUCGCUAGCAGCAGCAGCAACGUCGGCGUGGCUGCAGCAUCGUCUGCACGAACCCUCCGGCCGCCGCAGCACAGGGCGAAGGUGAUGGCGAAGGAGGCCGGGGAGCAGGAGACGGCGGCGCUCGGCUGGGCGGCGAGGGACGCCUCCGGUGUCCUCUCCCCGUUCGACUUCUCCAGAAGGGCUCAGAAAGACGACGAUGUGACGAUCAAGGUGCUCUACUGCGGGAUCUGUCACACUGAUCUCUACAUCAUCAAGAACGAAUGGGGCAACGCCAUGUACCCCGUUGUUCCCGGGCACGAGAUCCUGGGCGUGGUGACGGACGUGGGCAGCGGCGUGACCAAGUUCAAGGCCGGCGAGACCGUGGGCGUGGGCUACUUCGUCGGGUCGUGCCGCUCCUGCGAAUCCUGCGGCAACGGGUACGAGAACUACUGCUACGGCAUGGUGCUCACCUCCAACGGCAUCGACGCCGAGCACGGCGGCGCCGUCACCCAGGGGGGCUUCUCCGACGUGAUCGUCGUGAACGAGGACUACGUGGUCCGCGUCCCGGACGGGCUGCCACUGGACAAAGCCGCGCCGCUGCUCUGCGCGGGCGUCACGGUGUACAGCCCCAUGAUGCGCUUCGGCCUGAACGCGCCAGGGAAGCACCUGGGCGUCGUGGGCCUCGGGGGCCUCGGCCACGUGGCCGUCAAGUUCGGCAAGGCGUUCGGCAUGAAGGUCACCGUGAUCAGCACCUCGCCGGGGAAGCGCGAGGAGGCGAUCGAGAAGCUCGGCGCCGACGACUUCCUGGUGAGCCGGGACCCCGGGCAGAUGCAGGCGGCGUUCGGGACCAUGGACGGCAUCCUGGACACGGUGUCGGCGUGGCACCCGAUCUCGCCGCUGUUCGCGCUGAUGAAGCCCAUGGGCCAGAUGGUGUUCGUGGGCGGGCCGACCAAGCCGCUGGAGCUGCCGGCGGUCGCGAUCGUGCCGGGCGGCAAGGGCAUCGCCGGGAACUGCGUCGGCGGGAUGAGGGACUGCCAGGCCAUGCUGGACUUCGCGGGGAAGCACGGCAUCACCGCCGAGGUGGAGGUCAUCAAGAUGGACUACGUCAACACGGCGCUGGAGCGGCUCCAGAAGAACGACGUCCGCUACCGCUUCGUCAUUGACGUCGCCGGCAGCCUCGGCACCACCGCGUAGCUAGGCCGGGUCGCGCACGAGAGCCCGUUGCCCCUCUCGGCCAUUUGUAUGUUGUUUUCAGUGCACCACAGAGGUUCAGGUACAAUCUCUCUAUGCAUUCCUUCUUUAGUAGUAUCGUGUCUAAUAAAGGAGUAGUGUUAUUGGGAGUAGAGAUGUGAGAGAGACCUAAUGAUUAAUUUGCAAGUUGAUUUGUGCAGAGAAACGGUAUUCACUACUGUAAGAGAUUGUUCUCUUCUCUAAAAGGAUUGUUCUCUUCUCUCGUUAACUAUGUGGCGCAUAGAUAAAACACUGCCGUGGAUGAUUAAGAGAAGAUGUCACAUAUAGAGACCUAAGUUUUCUUUUUCCUUUUUUGAAAUCGAAAGACCUAAGUUGUUAGAAGGAGGAUGAUCUAUUCUAACUUGUUAUAAUUUUCAGAUGUAAACUUUGAGACUUGUGCGAUGUUUGAGAUUUGAAUAAUGGCAUGGUUGCGUCA